AUGGUUCCUCUUCGGAAAAUACUGCCAAUUCAAAAAAUAGAUUCCGUAGUAGUUGUUGCGUAUGUUGUUGGCAAAGACAAUGAUAUUGCUGAAAUAAAAAAGAAGAUAUUGACCAAAAGAGAAGAUAUUGAUCUGUGCACCAUUCCCAUAGUGGGCAUAGGGGGUUUAGGUAAAACAACUGUGGCCAAGAGAAUUUUCAAUGAUGAACAAAUCGAGAAGCACUUUGAAAAGAGAGUACGGUUAUGUCUACCUGAAAUGUUAGAAAUUAAGAGCUUUCUUGAACUGAUCCUCAAAUCAUUGACUGAGAGGAAACUUGAGGUCCAGAGCAGAGAUAUAAUAAUCAAGAAGCUCCGAGAUGAACUGGCAGGAAGAAAUGAGGAGUCGCUACCAAAUUUGGUCAAGUUGAAAUUAAGUGGUAGCAAAAGGUGCAAAGAAAUUCCAACCCAUGGCGAACUGAAAUUCCUCCGGCAUCUUGAGCUGGUAGGAUUCCAUAAGUUGGAAUGCAUUGGACCUGCUUUAUAUGGUGUUGAGAUUAGCAAUAUUGGAUCAAGCAACAUUUUCCAAGUGUUCCCGUCAUUGAAAGAACUAGUAUUGGAGGAUAUAAGUAGCCUUAUUGAGUGGAAGGGAGUUGAAGUUGGAGUAAGAAUGUUUCCUGGGCUUGAGAGGUUGCAGAUUACAGACUGCCCAUUUUUAAAAAGUAUUCUGAAUCAAUUUGAAAUCCUCCGUCAAUUAAACAUUAGAGGAGUUGACAGUGAAAUGCCAUUGUUGAACUUGUGCAACAACUUGACAUCUCUUAUAUAUCUUUAUGUUAGUAAUGUGAAAAAGCUCACUUGUCUUCCAGAUGAGAUGCUACGCAAAAACGUUUCUCUUCAAGACAUAUGGAUCUCAGGCUGCGGAGAGUUUCGUGAAUUGCCACAAAGCUUGUAUAAUCUUCAUUCUCUUAAGCGCUUACAGAUUGAUUUACCAAUUGGAAUGCUAGAUCAAUGCAGGUCUCUAGAGUUUUUGAUGGUCGAUUGUUGUAACAACUUGGUUUCAUUCCCUUUACAUGUUUGGGAAAUGCCUUCACUUUUACAUUUGUGUAUAUCACAAUGUCCAAAUUUGAUAAGUGUACCCGAAGUAGGCCUUCAUCGUCUCACUAGGUUAUGGGGAUUGAAAAUUUAUCCUUUCUCAGAGAUAGUGGAUUUUGAUGCAUUCCAAAUAAUUUUUAAUGGCAUUCAACGGUUGUUGUCCAUUCAUGAUUUGGCGGUGUACGGACGUGGCCAUUGGGAUUCUCUGCCCUAUCAAAUUAUACAACUCUCUAACCUAAGAGAGAUCACAAUAGCUGAUUUCGGAAUUAAGGCUCCUCCUCCUAGACUUGACAACCUUACCUCUCUUGAAAGAUUAUCGCUAGUGGGGUGCAAACGGCUACAACAUCUGAACUUCUCAGAUGCCAUGCCCAAAUUACGGCAUCUAUGGAUAAGUGAUUAUCCAUUGUUAGAAGCUCUGUCGGAUGGGCUCAACAUCCUUGUUUCUUUGGAAGACUUAUAUUUACAGAACUACAAAAAAACUAGAGCAUCUGCCAUCCCGAGUUGCCAUACGACGCCUCACUGA